GAUGAAGAACCCAUCCAUAUUAUUUGUCGUCCCACAACAAUCCUCUCAACUGCGAGCUUGUAUAAAUAAGCAUAACUGAAUCACCAAAAAGUGUCAGUGUACAGUGUGCCAUCAAACUUGUAGCGUGCAGCCAGAUUUGAGAGAAAAAAAAUCUAAACAUGAAACUGUUCAUUACUCUGUUCGCUUUGAUGGCCGUGGUGGCUGCUGGUGGAGAUCAUUAUGUGGAGCACAAGCACAUUCCCAUCGUGCACAGUGAGUUGGCUCAGAGUAACGAUGGUACUUUCAAGUUUGGAUACGAAUCGGGCAAUGGAAUUGUCGUCCAGGAGGCAGGACAUGUCAAGAACUUUGGCAGCAAGGAACAGGCCAACGUUGCUCAGGGAUCAUACUCGUACGUUGAUCCCCAUGGUGAAGUAGUUUCUGUGAGUUACGUUGCCGAUGAGAAUGGAUUCCACGCCCAUGGAUCGCACAUCCCAACACCACCACCACUACCAAAGGAGCUGGUUGAGGCCUACGCCAAGGUGGGCAGUCAUCCGGAAGCCCAUCACGAAGAACCACACCAAAGUCACUACAAGGGUCACUAAACAGAUCCGCCACUUAAGUAUCAUCUUGUACGAGAUGUUCUUUGUAAAGAAUACUAGCAAAAUGUGAUAGUCUAUUCAAUUGUCAGUCGGAUAGUGAUUAGUGAAAUUUUGAAUACCUUUUAGAAGAAUCAAAACAUUUAUAACAUUAUUUAAGCUAAA